AUGAUCAGAGAAUGGGAGAAUGGCUGUCCGAAGAUUGGAAAACAGAGGGCUAGAGAUUCAAGGGUCCAAGAAAGGAUGACUACAGAGGGAAAGUUAAAUAAGAAUGGAAUACCGAUGCGAGUAUUUAAUAUAAGUGAUUCCUUCCUGAAUAAAGAGUCCCAAGGGGAUCUAUGCCCUGCUUCACCACUGGGGAUUUGGACCAAAUUCUACAAGUCAGACCCACGCAUUGCCCUCGGGAAAUACUCCCCCUUGGAGAAAGAGAUCCUACGUCUAGGUGGCGUUCACACCGUGGCAGCCCGGAGGUUUCUGACUUACAAGCAAGAGGAAGAACGGGAAAUGCUCAAGGAACUACAGACAUUGUCUUCAGACUACAAACGGGCGGUGGACUAUAGAAGGCAACACACCCCUCCUUGUGCCACCUGUGGGCCCCUGGGGAAAAUGUGGACGGCCAAGGUGAUCGUGUCCCCGGAGGAGUUCAGGAUACCCCGGCGGGAGAGGCUGAAUGUCAGCAAGCACAUAGAGCGUAUGCAGCUGGCGAGAGCCCUGCGGAGCAAGCAGCUCCUACCCUAUGUCGAAAGGUUUAGGGACUCGUCGCUUCUGCCUGCAGGGGGCCUGGGCCCCAUGGCAAGGGCCAGGGCUGGGGAAGGCCAGGAUGACGGCAACACCGAUGAUGGCAAUGAUGCCCAUCAAAAGGGGAGAGGAGAGGCGGAGAGCAAAACCUCCAAAAGACAGGAAAUAAAAAUGAACGUCAUUUUCAAGUCAGAAGAACCCAAAAAUAGCAUAACGUACCAUCCAAAUGAUCUAAAGCCAUUCCUCCCCGCAAAGAAAGUGGAGAGGUCCAUCACUGGCUUAACAAACAGAAGUCUUUUGCACGUGUCAGAAUUUCCUGGCGACCUCAUGCUAAUGAAUCAGGAUUUUCUGUCUCGGGGGAUCUACCCCAGUUAUGCAGCACAGGCCACCCGUCUGGAAGAAGAGAAUGCCUGGAAAGGGUACAUGUGCAAAGUUGCUUCCCAUCAUUAUUAA